AUGCUAAUCUACAAAUGGUGUCAGGCUAUCAACAAUUUGGCAGAUAUUUGGGAGACAUCGAAUGGCGAAUGUGUUGUCAUGAUGCAAUCCAAAUUCGAUAAGGUUUGGGAAAAGAUGGACCCAAUUCUGUUGAAUCGUUUAUUGAGACUUGUUGUUGACAGUAAUUUGGCUGACUACAUGACUGCAAAGAACAAUGUGACCAUUACCUUCAAGGAUAUGAGUCAUGUGAAUAUGUACGGAUUGAUCAGAGGCCUUCAAUUCUCUUCAUUUAUUUCUCAAUAUUAUUGUUUAAUAUUGGAUCUGCUAAUGCUUGGUUUGGAUAGAGCAAGUGAAAUUGCUGGACCUCCAAGAGAUCCUAAUGUCUUCUUGACCUUUAAGGAUUUACAAACAGAAACGAACAGUCCUAUCAGACUCUACUCUAGAUAUAUUGACGAAUUCCACAUGUUAUUCAAAUUCACUCAUGAGGAAGCACGUUCUCUCAUUCAAAAAUACCUCACUGAACAUCCAGAUCCAAACAAUGAAAACAUUGUUGGCUACAAUAACAAGAAGUGCUGGCCUAGAGAUGCCCGUAUGCGUUUAAUGAAACAUGAUGUAAAUCUUGGGAGAGCAGUGUUCUGGGAAAUUAAGAACAGACUUCCCAAAACCCUUACCACAUUGAAAUGGCAAGACUCAUUUGUUUCUGUAUAUAGCAAGGACAAUCCAAAUCUUUUGUUCAGCAUGUCUGGUUUUGAAAUUAGAAUUUUACCAAAGAUUCGUGCUCCAUCUCAACAAUUCACAACUUCAAAGGAUGGAGUUUGGGAUCUUCGUAAUGAAAUUACCAAAGAGAGAAUUGCUCAGGCAUACCUCAAAGUGAGUGAGUCAUCAAUGAGAAAAUUUGAAAACCGUAUCAGAAUGGUUCUUAUGGCCUCUGGUUCCACAACCUUCACCAAGAUUGUCAACAAGUGGAACACUGCUCUCAUUGGUUUAAUGACCUAUUUCCGUGAGGCAGUGAUUAACACUCCAGAAAUGCUUGAUUUACUCGUUAAGUGUGAGAACAAGAUUCAAACAAGAAUCAAGAUAGGUCUCAACUCCAAGAUGCCUUCUCGCUUUCCUCCUGUUGUGUUUUAUACUCCAAAAGAAUUAGGAGGCUUGGGUAUGCUUUCUAUGGGCCAUAUUCUUAUUCCACAGUCUGAUCUUAGAUAUUCCAAGCAAACAGAGACUGGAAUUACUCAUUUCCGUGCAGGUAUGAGCCACGAAGAAGGUCAAUUAAUUCCUAAUCUCUAUAGAUAUAUUCAACCAUGGCAAUCAGAAUUUAUUGAUUCGCAACGUGUAUGGGCAGAAUAUGCUGCAAAACGAAAGGAUGCAAUGGAAAAGAACAGAAAACUUGCUCUUAGUGACUUGGAAGAUUCAUGGGAUCGAGGUAUUCCAAGAAUCAACACUUUGUUCCAAAAGAUCGACAUAUUCUUGCUUAUGACAAGGGUUGGAGAGUUAGAAACGAAUUCAAAGCAUAUCAAGUUUUGA